ACCCCCUUGCGAGGACCUUCUCUCUUAUGCAUGGUCAUCUGAAAAAGUUAGGGACAGAGAACUCAGAUCUUUUUUCUUUUUUAAACCCUGCUUUCCACCCCCACCCUUUUUUCCUGAACCCCUCUGGGUCCUACACAGUCAUCCAGUCCAUUCUCCCUUAGCUCCUACGGAUGGGGUCCCUUCAUUUCAGAAAACUCUCUGGGGAAGAAAACGCCUCCCUUCCCUCUCUGCCUCUCUGUGACCCCCUCACUCCUUCCUCCAGUUUCGGUGUCUUCUACCCCUAGCUGUAAUUCAGUCUGACUGGCAGCGGGGACAACUGUCCACGCAAGCUCUCCGCUCCGAGUGGGAAGCCGCCAAGAAGGCCUAGUUCGGAGCCCUGGGUGGGUCGCCCUGGGGAGCAAAGCCGGGAUAAUUAUUGAUCAGCAGGUUGUGAACAAUGGCUAUGUGGAUCCAAGCCCAACAGCUCCAGGGAGAUGCCCUCCACCAGAUGCAAGCCUUGUACGGCCAGCACUUCCCCAUCGAGGUGCGGCAUUACUUAUCCCAGUGGAUUGAGAGCCAAGCGUGGGACUCAAUAGAUCUUGAUAAUCCACAGGAGAACAUUAAAGCUACUCAGCUCCUGGAGGGUCUGAUCCAGGAGCUACAGAAGAAGGCUGAGCACCAAGUGGGGGAAGAUGGGUUUUUACUGAAGAUCAAGCUAGGGCAUUAUGCCACUCAGCUGCAGAAUACUUAUGACCGCUGCCCCAUGGAGUUGGUCCGAUGCAUCCGGCACAUAUUAUACAAUGAACAGAGGCUGGUCCGAGAAGCUACCAACUGUAGCUCUCCAGCUGGGAACCUGGCUGAUGCUAUGUCCCAGAAACACCUGCAGAUCAACCAGACUUUUGAGGAGCUGCGACUGGUCACUCAGGACACAGAGAAUGAGCUGAAGAAGCUGCAGCAGACUCAGGAGUAUUUCAUCAUCCAGUACCAGGAGAGCCUCAGAAACCAGGCUCAGUUUUCCCAGCUGUCACAGCUGAGCCCCCAGGAACGCUUGACAAGGGAAACAGCACUUCAGCAGAAGCAGGUGUCCCUGGAGGCCUGGCUGCAGCGGGAGGCCCAGACUCUCCAGCAGUACCGCGUGGAGCUAGCAGAGAAACAUCAGAAGACCCUCCAGCUGCUCCGGAAGCAGCAAACUGUCAUUCUGGAUGAUGAGCUGAUCCAGUGGAAGAGAAGGCAGCAGCUGGCCGGGAACGGGGGGCCUCCAGAGGGCAGCCUGGACGUCCUGCAGUCUUGGUGCGAGAAGUUGGCCGAGAUCAUCUGGCAGAACCGGCAGCAGAUCAGGAGGGCUGAGCAUCUUUGUCAGCAGUUGCCCAUUCCUGGACCUGUGGAGGAGAUGCUGACUGAGCUCAAUGCCACCAUCACAGACAUCAUCUCUGCCUUGGUGACCAGCACCUUCAUCAUUGAGAAGCAGCCCCCUCAGGUCCUGAAGACACAGACCAAGUUUGCAGCUACAGUGCGUCUCCUGGUGGGUGGGAAGUUGAAUGUGCACAUGAACCCUCCUCAAGUGAAGGCCACCAUCAUCAGUGAGCAGCAGGCCAAGUCUUUGCUGAAGAACGAGAACACUCGAAAUGAUUACAGUGGUGAGAUAUUGAACAAUUGCUGUGUGAUGGAGUAUCACCAGGCAACCGGCACCCUCAGCGCACACUUCAGGAAUAUGUCCCUAAAACGCAUUAAGAGGUCUGACCGUCGUGGUGCAGAAUCAGUAACAGAAGAGAAAUUUACAAUCCUGUUUGAGUCGCAGUUCAGUGUUGGUGGGAAUGAGCUGGUUUUUCAGGUCAAGACCCUCUCCCUCCCUGUGGUAGUGAUUGUUCAUGGUAGCCAAGAUAACAAUGCUACAGCCACUGUUCUCUGGGACAAUGCUUUUGCAGAACCUGGCCGGGUGCCAUUUGCUGUACCUGACAAAGUACUGUGGCCCCAGCUGUGCGAGGCUCUCAACAUGAAGUUCAAGGCAGAAGUCCAGAGCAACCGAGGCCUGACGAAGGAGAACUUGGUGUUCCUGGCUCAGAAACUGUUCAACAGCAGCAGCAACAACAUGGAGGAUUACAACAGCAUGGCCAUCUCUUGGUCCCAGUUCAACAGGGAGAACCUACCUGGACGGAAUUAUACUUUCUGGCAGUGGUUUGAUGGGGUGAUGGAAGUGUUAAAAAAACAUCUCAAGCCUCAUUGGAAUGAUGGGGCCAUCUUGGGUUUUGUGAACAAGCAGCAGGCCCAUGACCUACUCAUCAACAAACCAGAUGGGACCUUCCUGCUUCGAUUCAGUGACUCUGAAAUUGGGGGCAUCACCAUUGCCUGGAAGUUUGACUCUCAGGAGAGGAUGUUUUGGAAUCUGAUGCCUUUUACCACCAGAGACUUCUCUAUCCGGUCCCUGGCUGACCGCUUGGGAGAUCUGAAUUACCUUAUCUACGUGUUCCCUGAUCGGCCAAAAGAUGAAGUAUACUCCAAGUAUUACACACCAGUUAUGUGCGAGUCUGCCACUGCUAAAGCUGUGGAUGGCUAUGUGAAACCACAGAUCAAGCAGGUGGUCCCAGAGUUUGUCAGUGCAUCUGCAGAUUCUUCAGGGGGCAGUGCCACAUACAUGGAUCAGGCCCCAUCCCCAGCUGUGUGCUCCCAGUCUCAUUAUAAUAUGUAUCCACAGAACCCUGACUCUGUCCUUGACCCAGAUGGGGAUUUUGACCUGGACGACACUAUGGAUGUAGCAAGACAUGUUGAAGAACUCUUACGCCGACCAAUAGACAGUCAGUGGAUUCCCCAUGCUCAGUCGUGACCCCUGAUCCCUCCACCCCAUAGCUCUUCAUCCCCCAGCCGGAGGAUCACUCUUGUGGAUGUUUAAUUCCAUGAAUCGCUUCUCUUUGGAAAUAAUACUCAUAAUGUGAAGUGUUAAUACUAGUUGUGACUUUAGUAUUUCUGUGCAUGGUGAUGCCAGUGGGGUGGGUGUGAGUGUGUGUGAGUGUGUGUAUGUAUAUUCAAGUGAGGUAUUGUUCUUCCCCUUCCCUCCUUUCUGUCCAAGAUUUGGCUGCAUUUAUCAGGACCUUAGGGACUGUGGCCAAUUUCUCUUUACUAAAAGCCAGUUCUUGGGAAAGUCUGAGCUUUGGCUUUGGGAGGGUGGGGAUGAGUAGGGGUGGAAGGGAGGUUGCAUCUCCUAAUCAAUGACUUAUGUUGCUGUUUCAGCCAAAUAUUACAGUCAAAAAUUUAGAAGUUGUUGCCUUUAACUAUCCUCUGAAAUUUCGAUCACUGCCUUUUAACAGAAAAAGCCAGGUUUUCUUUCUUUCUUUUUUUUUCCUAGGUAGGGUUGGGAAAUGAUGACAGUUUGAAAAGGUAGAUGGAGUGGGGGAAAAAGUUAUGGGUUUUCUGUUUGGGGGUUGAUCUUUUUAAAAUGCCACUUAGCACAUACAAAUUCACCUUUUUGUGUGGAUUUGCUCCUUUGCGGGAGUGAGAACGCAUGCAUGCAUGAAUGUUUGGGGAUGUGUAUGUUUGACACGGGUAUGAGAAAAACUAGCCAUAGAUGUACAUGCUUGUAGUACUGAUAUCCUGUGCAUUUGGGCUAUGGUGGAAUACUAGAUAUUAACUUCCCAGGGUUAAAAACAAUAAUUUGUUUCCUGGGGUAACCCACAAUUUGGAUCUGAUCAUUCAAAGACUUUUCCUUCCCUGCUCAUUCUCUGGAAUGUUGGAUACUAAAGUGUGAGGGUUUGUUUGGUUUUUUUUAAAGGAUCACUUAAAGGGUUAUGGAUUUUAUAAAUGUUAGGUGCCCUUUAGUUUUUUCUAAAAUGUAUCCUCU